AUGUCCCAAUCUAGUGUUCCAGCGACAGAUCCCGCUGUCUACGCUGGAUAUGAAACAAGAUGGUCCAAUCUCCCGGACACCGAAGAAGCAUGGAUUGUUAGAGCCCGGGAGGUCUCUGAGGUGCUAGCUAAGGAUGCGGCACAAAGAGACCAGGAGAACAAAUCACCGCGCGCUGAAGUGGCCUUGCUCAAGUAUUCGGGCUUGACAAAGCUUCUAGGACCGAAGAAGUAUGGUGGUGGCGAGCAAGCCUGGAGUGUUGGAUAUAGGGCAAUAAGAGAGGUUGCAAAUGCAGAUGGAUCUAUCGGUAUGCUGCUUGGCUAUCACCUUCUCUGGUCUACUAUUGCGAAUGUGAUGGGCACUCCUGAACAAGCUGAUCGAACCAAUCAGUUGAUCAUUUCGAACAACUAUUUUGUUGGGGGCGCCGUGAACCCGCGCGACAAUGAUCUGAAGAUUACUCCAGACGGAGACCAUAUCAUAUUCACCGGGAACAAGUACUUCAACACUGGAGGCGUUGUGUCCGACCUCACAGUCCUUGAAGGUAUAUUGGAUGGCACUCAGGAUCACAUCUUUGCUUUGGUCGAGACCCAACAGCCCGGUAUCCAGUUUGCUCACAACUGGCACAACAUUGGAUUGCGCCUGACCGAGUCUGGAGGCGUGAAGAUAGAGAAUGUCCGUGCUUCUUGGUCAGAUGCACUGGGCUGGGAUGCAGCUACCAAGAAGCCUCGCGAUGAUACUCUGAAGAUCGCAUUCCCUACUCUAUUCCUCCCAACUAUCCAACUGGUCUUCAGCAAUUUCUACUUGGGAAUUGCUCUUGGUGCUUUGAAUUUCGCCUCCAGAUACACCACGACCGCAACACGUGCUUGGCCUUUCGGCGGCGACAACAAGGAAUCAGCGACGGAUGAGUUCUACAUCCUCGAACGCUAUGGCAACUUCUUUGCGCAUCUGCGUGCCACAGAAGCCCUUGCUGAUCGAGCAGGUGAUCAACUCUCGGGGCUUUAUACUCGGUAUCAAGCGCAGAAAUCUGGUCUCACAGCCCAGGAACGUGGAGAGGUUGCGGAGUGGGUGGCUAGCAUCAAAGUGGUCGCCACAGAUGUCGGACUCAGGGUUACUUCUGGUGUAUUUGAAGUGACUGGAGCGCGGGCCACCGCCUCAAAAGUUGGAUUGGAUCGAUUCUGGCGGGAUAUUCGAGUGCACACUCUUCAUGAUCCGGUGGCUUACAAGAACCGGGAAUUGGGGCGAUAUGCACUACUGCAUGAAGUACCUGAGCCUAGUUGGUACACUUAG